GAUUGAUUCUGAUUGCGUGUUCGUCGAUUCGUGAUAUGCGUAUAUGCAGAUGCAGAUGCACAUGCACAUGAAAAGAGUUUGUACUUUGGAGGCAUGCAGCUACGCGCACGUAUAUGUAUAUUAUGUGGAAAAAUUACGGAUAAAAUUAUUACUACUACUUAUGUUAGAUCGAAAUUGAAGGAAAAACUAAUGAACGUAACACAAAUAACCCGGUUAGGCGAAAUAUACUAGUGCUUGACGCAAGUUGAGCGCUGUCAUCGGUGGUCAUCAGCUGCCUUCGGCUGCCGUUCAGCAACGGUUUUACGGAACAAGUCGCGCGAAACGACGCGAAACGACGCGAAACGACGCGAAACCAAAUUAUUUUAUUUGAUUCCUUGUUAUUCCACGAAUCUGCAUAAAAUGCUAUCGAUCGGUCUAACUUUAUAAGUAUUUUUUUAUAGAAACUCUCUGCGUCUCUCGAGACAACAAGUUUGAAAAAUUCGAAAGGAAUUUAUUCGAGAUUUCCAGUGCACGAUCGCACUAAUUGAAAUUAUAGAUUGAUCCGUCAAUUAAAGGAGAAAAUGUCCGAGAACAUUGAAGAAAUUAUUGAAGAAGAAAGUUCGGUUACGAUGUUGGAUGUACUUCGGGAGGAGAAUCAGUUGGAGGAAGACGCUUGUGCAGUUUUAGGAGCGUCCGAUGACAAGAAUUGCACUUACAGCAAGGGAUAUACUCGGCAAGCUUUGUACGCCUGUAAAAGUUGUUGUCCAAAAUCAGUGAGAGCAGCAGUUUGCCUUGCUUGUACUUUUCACUGCCACGAAGGUCAUGAACUUAUCGAGCUCUAUACCAAAAGGCAUUUUAGAUGCGACUGUGGCAACUCAAAGUUUGCUGAAAACAAGUGUAAUUUGGAUCCUUCAAAGGAUCCUGUUAAUUCUGAGAACAGAUACAAUCACAACUUUGACGGGCUCUAUUGUAUUUGUAAGAGACCGUAUCCAGAUCCAGAGGACACGGUCAACGAUGAAAUGUUGCAGUGCAUAAUUUGCGAAGACUGGUAUCAUUCUAAGCAUCUAGAGUGUGAGAAAGGAAUACCAGCAGACGACGCGUACGACGAGAUGAUUUGCGGUAAAUGUAUGAAAGAGAAUAAUUUCCUUUGGAAUUAUGCGAGCAAAUAUGCAGUAUUUGAAACAACAGAGAAAGAGAAAGAGAAAGAGAAAGAGAAGAAAGAAGAAGCGAUUGAAAUCGAAAAGCAGCCCGAAGGAUGUACGAUGCCACGGAAGAAUUUUUCGAAAGAACCGUUAACAAAGGGAACUUGUUUUUGGACAGAAGGCUGGAGAAGUGUUUUGUGCGUUUGCGACACGUGCAAAGAGCUUUAUCGGCAGAAAAACGUUACGUUUCUUCUCGAUCCAACGGAUAGCGUGCACGCUUACGAGGAGGCUGGUAAAAUUAACAAUCAAGAAUCACAGUACGAGAAGGGUAUGAAAGCUCUCGCCUCUUUAGGUCGCGUUGAACAAUUAACGGCGAUCGAAGAAUACAAUAAUAUGAAAGAACGAUUGAAACAAUACUUGCAAAAAUUUGCUGAAAACAAGAAAGUUGUACGAGAGGAAGAUAUAAAGGAAUUCUUUUCAGAAAUGGAAUCAAAGAAACGGCCAAAAGUUGUGGUACCUACGUAUUGUCGUUAAGAUCCGAUAUAUUUAAAUGAACAGACCACGACGAUCUAUUUCUAUAUUCUUAUUUAAAUCUUUAGAUAUUGUUUUGUUCUUUAACAGUGUAACGUCUAACAUCAUUUUCUUAUUUCCUUUUUCAAUAAUUACCAAACUAUUUGUGAUAAAUGAAAGAAAGAAAGAUAAGCCGAAAGUGUAGGAAGAAAAGAAAAGAAAAGAAAAGAAAAGAAAAGAAAAAAAGAGAAAAAUAAAAGUAAAAAAGAAAAAAAAGAAGAAGAAGAGGAGACAUUUUGUUAUUAUUUCCAUAGAUUUUCGAAUUCGUUCCUUUUUAAGUAAAAAUAAGUGAUAAUAUGAAAGGAAAUUCACUAGUGGGGCAAACAUUAGUUUUGAUUUUGAUGCUAAAGUUUACACAGCAGCAAUUGUCGGUUCGUCGCAUAGCUGCAAAGGUAUCACUAAAACCGGUUCCGUACAGUUUGGUUUAUCCGUGUAAAUGGACCAAGUUCUUUCGAUACAAUCAAAGAUACCUAAUGAUUGAUAGGAAUUGGUCAAUGUUUAAUUGUAAAGACUGUAAUAAUUUCGUCUAGAAUAAAGAUGACGAAGAAGGAA